CCUCCUCCUCUUGACAGGCUGAGUGAAUGUGAGGUCCCUGGUGAGGGAGUCCGGUUGGUGCCACAGAAUGGAGGGCUCAGGGAAGGAGGAGUACAAGAUCCAGUCUUUUGACAUGGAGACCCAGACGCUGCUGAAAACAGCACUGAAAGAUCCCAGUGCGGUAGACUUGGAUAAGGUGUCCAAUGUGAUCGUGGAUCAGUCUCUAAAGGACCAGGUGUUCAGCAAGGAAGCAGGAAGGAUCUGCUACACCAUUGUACAGGCGGAGGCCAAGCAGAACAACGGCAGUGUGUUCCGUCGCAAUCUGCUGAACCGCCUGCAGGUGGAGUUCAAAGGUCGUGAGGAGAUGCGGCAGCGCUCGCUCCAGGAGUGGGUCUGCUACGUCUCCUUCAUCUGCAACGUCUUCGACUACCUCAAGGUGAAUAACAUGCCCAUGAUGGCUCUGGUGCAUCCGCUGUAUGACUGCCUCUUCCAGCUGGCCCAGCCCGACUCCCUCAGGAACGAAGAGGAGGUGGACUGCCUGGUGUUGGCGCUGCACCGCGUGGGUGAUCAGCUGGAGAAGAUGAACGGCGGCCGUAUGGACGAGCUGUUCUGCCUGCUGCGCGACGGCUUCCUGCUGCAGGAGGACCUCACCUCGCUGGCUCGCCUGCUGCUGCUCGAGGUGCUGGAGUUCCGCGCCGGAGGCUGGACCCUCAGCGAGACCGCACAGAAGUACUAUUACAGUGAGGUGACCGACUGACUCACUGACUGACCGGCUGGCUCACUUGUUUGAUGACUGAAUAACUGACUCCGUGUGUGUGUGUUUGUGUGUGUGUGUGUGUGUG